AGGGGCUGUAUUUCACGAGGCUGCAGCUGACAAGAAGCUUCAAGGUUAAUGUCAUAGAUGUACAUGACCUAGGGAAUGUGCAUGUGAAGCCAUCUGAGUCCCAAAAAGGAAGUGUGACCAUAGAAGCAUCAACCAGGAAGAAGGUCCUGCUGGACAAGCAGCUGGAGUGAGAAUCAAAGCAGCAGGAUUAUUGGACAGUGCUCCCCAUAGUCUAUAUGACAUUGCGAGGAGGCGGAGCAUUCUCUGAAGAAGCUUGGAAGCAUUCUGGGCCUGGGCAGUCUUGUUAGAAGGACUGUGUUUCAUGAGGCUGCUGCUUACAAAAAGCUUCAAGCCUUUCUCCUUCUGAAGUGAAAAUCAAGACAACUAGAUCAAAGGACCCAAUCUUCUGUGAUCCACGUAAUACUGGUAUCUUCCAUAUCAACCCAUAUAAACAACAAGAUCAAGCAUCCUUGGGGAAAUCUACUUGGAAGAGAACAGGAUACAAGCUGUAAAUACUUUGUAGUUCUGAGACAAAGGAGAUUUUGGUGAGAGUAUUGUUUUUGGUAGGAACAGCCUUAGCAGUGAGAAGAAUAGCCAUACACCUCAGUGUCUGAUAAUCUUUUAGCACACAAAUCUAAAUCACAAAUGGAUGAUGAGUAUGUAUUAUGCAAUUGGAAAGACCAGUUCUGGCCAGCAAAAGUUUUGUCCAGGUCUGAGACUUCAUCAAACAGUAAGAGAAAAAAGACAUUUUCCCUAGAAGUUCAAAUACUCUCACUAGGUGAGAAAAUUAAAGUGGAAAGCACAGAAACAAAAAUCCUAAAUAAAUCUCAAAUUGAAGCCAUUGCCUCCUCAUUAGCAGCACAGUCAGAGGGCAAUUCUUCACCUAGAGAGGAAACAGCCUAUGAAAGGUCACUAAAAGUGGCACUGUGUAUUCUGAAUGAGAGAACAAAUUUGAAUCAAGCAAGCAGUUCAGAUGAAGAAGAGACUACUACACUGUCUCAACAUGUACCACAAAAGCUUUCUUAUUUACCCCCUCAUAAAAAAUAUCGGAAGCAUAAAGGAUACUUAUCAAAGUAUAUUGAGGGAAGUGAAAAUCAAACAUCCCUAUUAGUAUCUUCAGAGAGUGAUGACUCCCUGUAUGAUGAAAAACCACAGGUGUGUGCAGCCAUUGAUACUAUUCCAAAUGAGAUGGAAACAAAGUUAUCACCAAACUCCAGCUGGUGCCAAACAUUCCCUUCAAUUUCAGAAGAAGAUGAAAAGGAGGACAAAAAAAAUAUUGACAUCAUGUCUUUGCAUUCCACAAUCAAAGAAGAAGAUGCUUAUGUUAAGGAAGAGAAGUUCACUCCAACUUCACCAUCAAAUAGCUUAAUUGUGCCCAAAGCUUUGAAAGAGGAGCCAGAGGACAUCUGCCCAGAAACCCUGGCUCUUUCCCCUGAAUUCUCUACUUUCUCAGAGAAUAUUGACGAUCCUGGAGAGGGUCCCUCAAAUUCAUGCUUAAAUACCAGUCAGAAUCAACUUGUGGAAUCAGAGAUGGGUGUUGUGGUGUCCCCACAGCAUUAUUCAUGGGAAUGUCAGCUUUCAUAUAGUCCUAACUGUGUCACCGAUUCUUCACUUACUGGGAAUAAUGAAAGAAGUCUCCAGAGUGUGGAUUUUGAGGAACAUGGGGAAGAAGUUCAAGCUUCCAAUAAGUCAGUACCUCUAAAUCCUAUUGAUACUUCUGUAUAUGAUGAUGAUGAUGAAGAUGAAGUACUUCCACGCCUUGUUUUUAAUUAUGAACCACGUUCAUUUGAAACAGGUAUGAUAGUUUGGUUUAAAUAUAAAAAAUACCCAUUUUGGCCAGCAGUGGUGAAAAGCAUCAGGCGAAAAGAGAAAAAAGCGAGUGUGCUUUUUGUUGAGGCAAACAUGAAUCCUGAAAAGAGAGGCAUUAGAGUGCCUUUGAGAAGAUUAAAGAAAUUUGACUGUAAAGAGAAACAAACACUAGUGGAGAAAGCCAAGGAGGAUUACAGUGAAAGUAUUGACUGGUGCAUCUCACUGAUUUGUGACUACAGAGUUAGAAUAGGUUGUGGUUCUUUUACAGGCUCUUUCCUUGAGUAUUAUGCUGCUGACAUUAGUUAUCCAAUAAGAAAAGUAAUCAAACAAGAUACCUUCAGGAACUUAUUUCCAAAGCUGCAUAAUGAAGAUUCUAUGGAACCAAUGGCCAUGACUUCCCAGACCAAGAAAAUGUCCUUCCAAAAAAUUCUCCCUGACCGAAUGAAGGCAGCUCGGGAUCGAGCCAACAAGAACUUAGUGGACUUCAUUGUGAAUGCAAAAGGAACAGAGAACCAUCUUCUAUCCAUUUUAAAUGGCACAAAAGGGUCCAGGUGGUUGAAAUCAUUUUUGAAAGCAAAGAGGUUCACUCCCUGUAUUGAAACAUACUUUGAGGACGAAGAUCAGUUGGAUGAGGUGGUGAAAUAUUUACAAGAAGUCUACAAACAAAUAGAUGAAAGAAUGCUGGCUCUGAUAAGAGAUGAUAAAAUUAAAUUUAUCCUAGAAGUUCUUCUUCCAGAAGCAAUCAUUUGUUCAAUUUCUGCUGUUGAUGGUUUGGAUUACAAGGCAGCAGAAGCAAAGUAUCUAAAAGGACCAUCUCUAGGAUAUAGGGAAAGAGAGUUAUUUGAUGCCAAAAUCAUAUUUGAAAAGAGACGGAAACCAUCAACAAAAGCUCACUAAAUUACCUAAGCAUCCAAAUCAUAACAGGGAGAUUUUAUAGAUACUAAUUUUUAAAAAAUCUCUCUAACAUAUGUUUUCCAGAAAUGAGCAACUUUAUGUAAUAUAUUCACUUUUUUCAGUCUCUGUGAUCUGUGAAUAUUACUACAUUAACAUUUUCUUUCUCACACUUCUUCAACGUCCAUUUUACUGACAAAUUUCAGCAGCUCUAAUGUCUCAUACAUUUCUAGAAUUCAUAAUGCCUAGAUAAUUUUUAAGGGAAAGCACUAUUUUGUUUUCUUGACAUAUUUUUGUCUAUGCUGUAUAGUUAAAUACAGUGCACAAUCAUUUACAUAGUAAAAUUGCACUAGUAUUAGAUAUUAAGCAAGAUAAUUACAAAAAGUCUAAGAAAAUUUGAGUAUAUAUUUUUGCUCAGUUUUUAUAAAAUAUUGGGUUUCUCUUAAGAUAGUUGAAUUAUUUUUCCUGCCAUGUCUAUUUAUUUUUGAAGAAAAAGUUUCUGAGAUGUAGAACCAAAGAUGGAGAUGCUUUGCUAUAUAUUAUAACUAGCUGUAAUUGUUUUUGCAAGAAAACAAUCUGGAAUUGAAAAAUAAAGUAAACGGAUUACCUGCAUGCCAUCUAUAUGUUUGAGAAUAACAUCUCAUCAUGCAGAAAAUAAUAUUGGCAACCUGGAACAGGAUUGUUCAUUCUACACUUCCCUGAAAUUCCAUUUAUGGAGUGUCUGUUAUUCAACAGCUGAACAGUUUCUUAAAACAGACAGGCUUUUGGCUGUCUUUAUAACUAACAGUGACUGUAUCUUAAUACAACCAUCUGACCACAUGUGGAAAGCAGCUAUUGUCAUUGUAUUCAUAGUCUGGCUACUCUAGAUUAUGAGUCCAGACUGACUGCUUAAGGCGUCCAUCUAGUUUGAUAUAAAUUGUAGAGAAUGAAAGCACUUUGUUCUGAGUAUUGUAUCUCUAAAUACAUAGUCAUUUGUUUCAAACCAAGCAAUUUGUAUCAUAUGAUUUAUUCAUAGAAUAGUUCAGUUGGUUCCAAUACUAUAAAUGCCAGGUGGUAAGUCAUUCCAGGCUUAACAAAAAGUAGAUGGACCAGAAUCUGUGAAUUUGGAAAUGGGUCAUAGAAAAAGCCUCCAUUUGGUUAAGUAUGACAAUUAUUCAAAUUUAUUUAAAAGUAAAAGUCUGAAACCAACGAAUAGCUUAUUCUAACUUCAAAUAAGACUAGUAAAAAUAAAUGCUUUAAGGGCUACUUUAUUCUCAAAACUUGACAUAAAAAUAAACACUAAAAGCUUAACAUGAACCUGACUGCAUUUUUACUCUUAGAGUGAGACAGCUGUUACUCUUGGCUUUUAUCUGUUCACAUGGCCACAUGUUUAUGUAAAAUUUGCAAAAGUUUGAGGUUUUGAUUUGUAAUAAAACCAUUAUGUCUUUCACUUUAGAUGUGCACUUCAUUAUAUUUCAAACUGUGUAGUUACAUAACUGGUGUUUCUC